AUGCCUAUACAACUAACCGACGAUGAACCAGAGCCCACCAAUAGAAAGCAUCCACUCACUAGACUAGCGAACAGUGUACGAUGUUUCAACAUCCCACUACUAAACUUCCUAAUCAUAUUAAUCUUGGGUACAUUUCUUUAUAAAUUGACAACAAAAUAUACCAAUUUGUACAUGAAGUCAUCGUUAAUCACCAUAAUUGUGACAAAUUUGGUCCUUUAUGGUAUAUCGGAAAGUUUAGCUCAACUGAUUUUAAGUUACCGGCUGGACCAACCGAUGAUUUCAUUUAAGUUCAAUGAUCCAGCACAGCCGGAUGCAAGGCACGAUAGUGAAGCAUAUACAGCGUUGGAACAAGGUGAUGUGGGCACUGAUGAAGAUGACGUUAGUAUCGAUGACCAAGGUUUAGAUAGAUUUAUAGAGUACCUACGAAGAGACCAAGACGGAGAAGAGGAGCACAAUAGACUCAACAAUGACUUAUUUACGUAUGUUCCAUUAACAUAUUUCCAAUUUAAUCGAUUAGCAGGAUUCAUGUGUUGGGGUUUCAUUAUGAGUUUCGUUCAAUGUUGGUGGUACAAAUUCCUUCAAGUUUAUUCUAAAGAUCCCAAGUUUAUUGAAGUGUUGAGAAAAGUCAUGACUGACCAAUUUUGCUUUUCACCAAUUUCGUUAUUUUGUUUCUUUACAUAUGGUACAAUGGUUUUAGAGAAUGGAACAUGGGAAGACACUAAAAAGAAGCUAGGGGCAAUUUAUUUGAAAACUUUAAUGAUCAAUUACUCAGUUUGGUUUCCUAUUCAGUUUAUUAAUUUUUUGAUUGUACCUCGUGAUUUUCAAGUUCCUUUUAGUUCGUCAAUCAGUGUGUUAUGGAAUUGCUUCUUAUCAAUGCGAAACUCAACCAAUUGA